AGGCUUUUGAGCCAAAGGCUUUGGAUGAGGACCCUAAUCGUCCUCCUGUCUAGGUCUGGGCGCCCUGGCAGUAUCCCAGCCCACAUACAACCAUGACAUUUUCUUCAAACAUAAACUUCAUCCUGCAUCGGCCGUCGCGCAGAUUAUCAAGGGUCGCCUUAUCUGCUGCAUACAGCAGGGCGGAUAAGCGAAAGCAUGCUACUGCUGGCGCCUCCCUUCUUUCUUUUCCACCUUUUUCUCUUACUCCCAUCCCGGCCCCCAUUACUAACCUUCCUUCUAUAAUUCCCAGCUUAAUUGACAGCAACCGAAGUGCUACUGGAGUAGAACCAUCUGCAGCCACCAUCCCACAGCACCUAUCGGACGCCUAUCGGCAAAAGUCCCUUAUAAGGCCACGCUGUCCCGUUUCCAUGGCGACAUUCAAC